UGUUUCCAUAAAAUCUCAGUGACCAAAUGUGAAGGAGAAACGGGAGCGAAGGAGGCCCCAAAACGCUUCCCUCUUUUCUCCUUCUCUGCUUCUCCUCGUCGACUUCUUGGCUUCUUUCUUUCUUGAGAGGCAUUGAAGGGUUUGGAGAAGCUCUCGGUAGAGUAAUGGCGUUCUUACUCGGGCUGGUUCUGGGGAUCAUCGCCGGGUUCGCGCUCGUCGUCGCUUUCCUCCGCUUCGAGAGUUCGCGUUCCGAGUGCCGCCGCGAACUGGCUGACAUUGUUGCAGCCUUUCCGAGGAUGACACUUGAAGAUUUGAGGAAGAUUCUUCCUCGAGAAUUUUUCCCAUCAUGGGUAGUUUUCUCACGCCGCCAGAAGUUGAAAUGGCUAAACCAGGAGCUGAUAAAAAUCUGGCCUUAUGUUAAUGAGGCAACAUCUGAGCUGAUAAGAAUUUCAGUCGAGCCAAUUCUUGAACAAUACAGACCUGCCAUCUUAAAUUCCCUCAAGUUUUCAAAGCUAACUCUUGGUACUGUUGCUCCCCAGUUGACAGGAGUUUCAAUGAUUGAAGAUGAUGAAUCUGCGAUCACCAUGGAGUUGGAGUUGCAGUGGGAUGGGAAUCCAAAUAUUGUACUUGACAUUCAAACAAAAUUAGGUGUUGCACUGCCGAUACAGGUCAAAGACAUCAGCUUCACUGGGGUUCUCCAUUUAAUCUUGAAACCGCUGGUUGAAGUUUUCCCAUGUUUUGGAGCUAUAUCUUAUUCUUUGAGAGAGAAGAAGAAGCUAGAUUUCACGCUAAAGGUUAUUGGCGGCGAAUUGCCAUCUGUUCCUGGAAUUUCUGGUGCUAUCAAGGAAACAAUACAGAAUGCUAUUGAAGACUCUAUAACAUGGCCAGCACGUAAAGUUGUUCCAGUAUUGCCAGGAGAUUAUAGUGAUCUUGAACUGAAACCUGUUGGCAAAUUGGAAGUAAAGCUUGUGCAAGCAAGAAAUUUAACAAACAAAGACAUCAUAGGAAAAACAGAUGCAUUUGCCGUGCUGUACACACGACCAGUACGUGAAAGAAUGAAGACUAGUAAAACAAUUAGCAAUAAUUUGAACCCCAUCUGGAAUGAGCACUUUGAAUUUGUAGUUGAAGAUGCAGCUACUCAGCAUUUGGUAGUGAAGAUUUAUGAUGAUGAUGGGUUCCAGGUAUCUGAAUUUAUUGGUUGUGCUCAAGUGAUGUUGAAGGACCUGCAGCCUGGUAAAGUGAAGGAUGUGUGGUUAAAGCUUGUCAAGGAUUUGGAAAUUCAGAAAGAUAAGAAAGAUCGGGGUCAGGUGCACCUGGAGCUUCUCUACUUUGCUUUUGGCAUGGAGAACGAACUUUCUAAUCCUUUUUCAAGUCAGUUCCAGAUGACUUCUUUAGAGAGGACGUCCCUCAAAAGUGGGAUAAGUGGAAGAGAGGUCACUGAUUUUGACGGGACAUCAAUGCACCAGAGGAGAGAAGUUAUUAUGAGAGGAGUGCUUUCUGUGACAGUUAUAUCUGCAGUGGACUUGCCUGCUAUGGAUAUAAUGGGAAAGUCUGACACUUUUGUUGUGCUCAAGAUGAUGAAAACAGGAACAAAGAAGAAAACAAGGGUUAUGAACCAGAGCUUGAAUCCCAUCUGGAAUCAGACUUUUGACUUCGUUGUUGAAGAUGCACUACAUGAUAUGCUUAUUGUAGAAGUUUGGGAUCAUGAUAUAUUCAAGAAGGACUUCAUUGGGAGUUGCAUCAUGACACUGACGAGGGUUAUAGUGGAAGGGGAAUAUGCAGAUAUUUUUCAUCUUGAGGGGUCAGAAGCUGGACAACUAAAUUUGAAAUUCAAAUGGACGCCACAUCCAAUUUAUCGGAAUUCAUAAUGGAUGUAAGCCAUAUUGACUUCCUCUUCGGUGUACAGGAUGGUUGACUCUUUUGAUGCCUUAUUCCUUCAACCUGGGUUCAGAAGAAGACUCUGAGUAAUUCGGCUUCCAUACAAGGCCUUGGGCAAAUUGCUAUCAGAGAGGACCUGUAAAAUUAGUGCCAAUUGCCGUUUGUUAUGUCAUUUAAUUCACUUGGCCGCUGUUUUCCAUGGAAGCCAAUUCUUUUUGUAGCCAUUGUUUACGGCGGAUGUAGGAUGCAACAGCAUGAAUGUUUGGUAAGUUCUGAUGUAUAAGCACUGCAAACCUCCUGUUUGGACUCUGGAGUAUCUUUGGGGGAUACAGAAUGGUUUCGUUCUUGAUAUAGAAGAUAAAUAUCUAGCUGAGAAGUGGGAAAAAGAAAAGAGAAAUAGUUCUUAUAGUAUUA